CCUCUGAGGACGCCAGCUGCGGAGCAACUAAAACUUCGCAAAUACGCCAGCGAUAAUCAUAAUUAUUCAUAAAUCGGCGCUUUGUUACAAGGGAAGAUUGCUUCACCGUGGGCUUUGUGAUGCAUCAGAGGGCUAUCUCAUCGCUCUGCGUAGAUGGGCAGCCUGUGGUACUGUAGCCACUGAGCCUCUCGGACUACACCAGCUAGAAGCCACCGCGCCCGAGUCAGCGACAUGACCGACCCCAUGAUGGACUUCUUUGACGACCCAAACUUGUUUGUGGGAGGGCUGGAGGGGCUGUCGGACGAGGGCUUUGCGACGGGGCCCGUGUCUUUGGUGGACGAGCUGAACCUCAGUGCUGGGUUUGAGCCCCUGCAGGUGGAUCCGUUGGGCGCUGGGAAGCACCCUGGCCUGGGGCCGCCCUCUUCCUCGUCCUCCUCACAUCAGGGCUUGACCUUCGAUCAGCAAGUCGGCCAUUUCGAUGCCAUGAAGGCCUCGCAUUCUAUCGGGCAGCCUUUCUCAAGCUCUGGCAGAAAUGACGGCGGUGCGAUGGGCCAGCACUCCCAGUUUCACAGCUCUUCAGUGCAGCAAAUGCAUCAACCCAAUGGGCUGUACCCAGACAGCAGUCCCAUGUGGGGCAACCAGGACCAGAACGGGAAUUCAUUCCACCAGCUGCAGCAGCAGCAGCAGCAGAGUCACCACCAACACCUUAACCAGCAUCAUCACCUCCAGAACCCCCAACAACCAACCACUGCCCAGUCUCUGCACCAGCACGGCGAGGCCUUCGCAGAGCACCAACACCACCACCUUGCCUUUUUCCAGGGUAGCCUGACGCAGAAACAGCAACAGCAGCAGCAACAGAUCCACCAGAACCUGGCCCACGUCCCACGGCUUAACACUGAGCAGAAUGGAAGCCCCUUCCACCAGGGGGGCGUCCCCAAUGCCUUGAACCACCCGAAGGCCUACCAGGAGAUGCGCAACGCCUCCUUCGGGGGUGUUCCCGAGCAUCAGCAGACCAGACUCCGGAGCUGUCAGGGCGGCCCGCAGUACCCCGGAUCGACAAUGGAUGUGGCACUGCCGUACUCUGGCUCGUCUCCUUCUGUGUCACACACCCUCCCCUCCUGCUCAGUUGGCUCCGGCGUCACCUACUCCCCCUCACCGUAUUCGUUCCCUGGACAGUCGGUGUCCGGCGGGCCUCUGUUGUCGACCUCGGCGCCGGUGUCCACCGCUGCCCCCGUCAGGGCUGCAGCUCUGCACUCAUCCGUGACAGAAUUUUCGGGGCCUCGGGACACCUGUCCAUUGCUCUCUGGGAUGGAUCAGCACCAGCAGCAGCAGCUUGCCAUGAACCUCGGGGGGAAAUGCCCCUUCCAGUCUGUGCAGGCUCAGGGAGGUUACAACAGCUCAGAGAUGUUUACGGAAAGCAUGGAGUGCUACCCUGCUGCCGAGAGCCACCUUCACUCGGACCAGCAGGGAAAUUGUGAGUCGGACUUACCAUCAGCAGCCAGCAGCAAUGGCUACCACGGCCUGGACGAGAACCUGCUGCAGCAGGUAGGGGCUCAGAGUGGGGGUUUUGAGGGACUGGAGGCCCCAGACCUCCUUGGAGACGAUCUUUUGCCCCAGCUGGAAGCUGCCCUGAGUCAGGAUGCUCCUUUGGAUCAGCAGGGCAAAACAAAUUGCCCCUGGGCAAAUGGCAGCGAGGAGAAAGAGAAGUUCAACACCUUCUCCCUGGAUUAUGUGCCACAGCCCCCAAAGAACACUAAUGGUUCCAGUAACCACCCGCGGGUCGUCAGCCCUCCGAUGAAGAGCAGCUCGUCGUCGUCCUCCUCAUAUUCGUCUUUCUCCUCCUCCUCCUCCUCCUCGGAGAAGCGGGGGAAGAAGCAGCAGCUGAUGGAGGCGGUGCUGGAGGACAAGCAGCAGAAGGCAGACCGGAUCAUCUCGGAGGCCAUCGCCAAGGCCCGCGAGCGGGGCGAGAAGAACAUCCCGCGGGUCAUGAGCCCCGAGAGCUUCCCCUGCUCCUCGGAGCACCGGUCGCACCGCGGCGGCAAGGCGCGGCCCAGGGAGAAGGCCUCGAAAAAGGCCCGGAUCGUACCCUCCUCCAGCCCCAAGCAGAAGGCCAAGAUCGGGAAAAUAGUCAUCAAAUUCGGCAAGAAGAAGAAGAGGAAGAACGAGUCCUCAGACGAGCCGUCCGAUGACGAGACGCCCGCUCGCCGCUCCUCCAAGGACGACGACUCGAAGAGAAGAUCUAGCCGGCAGGUAAAGCGAAAGAAAUACGCCGAGGACGGGGAGUGCAAGGUCUCCGACGAGGAGGUCAAAGUGAUCGUCAAGGCCAAGAAGACGACCACAGCCGCCCGCAAAGAGCCGGCGGUACAGCUGUUUGUGGAAAACCCGAGUGAAGAGGAUGCUGCUGUCGUCGACAAAAUCAUGUCCUCGCGAGUGGUAAAGACAGAGGUCUCUCCUGGGGUCGAGGUCGAAGUUGAGGAGUUCUUUGUCAAAUACAAAAACUACUCCUAUUUGCAUUGUGAGUGGGCCACAGAACAGCAGCUGGAGAAGGACAAGAGGAUCCAGCAGAAGAUCAAACGCUUCAAGAUUAAACAAGCACAGAGGGCGCACUUUUUCGCAGACAUGGAGGAGGAACCCUUCAACUCUGACUACGUGGAGGUGGACCGAGUGCUGGAAGUGUCCUACUGCGAGGAUAAGGACACUGGAGAGCCGGUGGUGUACUACCUGGUGAAGUGGUGCUCCCUGCCCUAUGAGGACAGCACGUGGGAGCUGAAGGAGGAUGUGGACCAGAGCAAGAUCGAGGAGUUUGACCAGCUGCAGGCAGCCCAGCCAGACUCCCGCAGGGUGGAGCGGCCGCCCGCGUCUCACUGGAAGAAGAGAGAGCAGUCACGGGAAUACCGCAAUGGAAACAGCCUCAGGGACUACCAGCUGGAGGGAGUGAACUGGCUCCUCUUCAACUGGUACAACAGGCGCAACUGCAUCCUGGCUGACGAAAUGGGUCUGGGAAAAACCAUCCAGUCCAUCACAUUCCUGGAGGAGAUCCACCGCACGGGGAUCCGGGGCCCCUUCCUCAUCAUCGCCCCGCUCUCCACCAUCGCCAACUGGGAGCGCGAGUUCCGCACCUGGACCCACCUGAACGUCAUCGUGUACCACGGCAGCGGGGUCAGCCGGCAGAUGCUGCAGCAGUACGAGAUGUACUUCAGAGACGCGCAGGGUCGCGUGAUCCGGGGGGCCUACAGGUUCCAGGCCAUCAUCACCACCUUCGAGAUGAUCCUGGGCGGCUGCCCUGAGCUCAAUGCCAUCGAGUGGCGCUGCGUCAUCAUUGACGAGGCCCACCGCCUCAAGAACAAGAACUGCAAGCUGCUGGAGGGCUUCAAGCUCAUGAACCUGGAGCACAAGGUCCUCCUGACGGGCACUCCUCUGCAGAACACGGUGGAGGAGCUCUUCAGCCUGCUGCACUUCCUGGAACCCACACGCUUCCCCUCAGAGACCACCUUCCUGCAGGAGUUCGGAGACCUCAAGACCGAGGAGCAGGUCCAGAAACUGCAGGCCAUCUUGAAGCCCAUGAUGCUGAGGAGGCUCAAGGAGGAUGUGGAGAAGAAGCUGGCACCCAAGGAGGAGACCAUCAUCGAGGUGGAGCUCACCAACAUCCAGAAGAAGUACUACCGCGCCAUCCUGGAGAAGAACUUCGCCUUCCUGGCCAAGGGCGCUGGCCAAGCCAACGUGCCCAACCUGGUCAACACCAUGAUGGAGCUGCGCAAGUGCUGUAACCACCCCUACCUCAUCAAAGGGGCCGAGGAGAAGAUCUUGGAGGACUUCCGGGAGGUGUACAACCCAGCCGCUCCGGACUUCCACCUACAGGCCAUGGUGCAGUCGGCAGGCAAGCUGGUCCUCAUAGACAAGCUGCUGCCCAAGAUGAAGGCGGGAGGCCACAAGGUGCUCAUCUUCUCCCAGAUGGUGCGUUGUCUGGACAUCCUGGAGGACUUCCUUAUCCAGCGGAGGUACCUCUACGAGAGGAUCGACGGCCGCGUCCGGGGAAACCUGCGGCAGGCCGCCAUCGACCGCUUCAGCAAGCCCGACUCGGACCGCUUCGUCUUCCUGCUGUGCACCCGGGCGGGGGGCCUGGGCAUCAACCUGACCGCCGCCGACACCUGCAUCAUCUUCGACUCAGACUGGAACCCCCAGAAUGACCUGCAGGCCCAAGCUCGCUGCCACAGGAUUGGGCAGAACAAGGCGGUGAAGGUGUACCGGCUGAUCACGCGGAACUCGUACGAGAGGGAGAUGUUCGACCGCGCCAGCCUGAAGCUGGGCCUGGACAAGGCUGUGCUGCAAAGCAUGAGCGGACGGGAGAACAGCAUGGGCCAGGCCCAGCAGCAGCUCUCCAAGAAGGAGAUCGAGGACCUGCUCCGCCGCGGGGCGUACGGCGCCAUCAUGGACGAGGAGGACGAGGGCUCCAAGUUCUGCGAGGAGGACAUCGACCAGAUCCUCCAGCGCCGCACGCAGACCAUCACCAUUGAGUCCGAGGGCCGCGGCUCCACCUUCGCCAAGGCUAGUUUUGUGGCCUCUGGGAACAGGACAGACAUCUCUCUGGAUGACCCCAACUUCUGGGACAAGUGGGCCAAGAAGGCAGAGAUUGACGUGGACACAGUCAAUGGCAGAAACAGCCUGGUGAUUGACACCCCGCGGGUGCGGAAGCAGACCCGUCCUUUCAGCGCCACCAAGGACGAGCUGGCCGAGCUGUCGGAAGGCGAGAGCGACAACGAUGACAAGCCCAAGCUCCGCCGGCCCUACGACCGCCUCAACAGCUACGGCCGCACCGAGUGUUUCCGCGUGGAGAAGAACCUGCUGGUGUAUGGAUGGGGCCGCUGGAAGGACAUCCUCCUUCACGGUCGCUUCAAGCGGCAGCUGAGCGAGAGGGACGUGGAGAUGAUCUGCAGGGCGCUGCUGGCCUACUGCCUGGUGCAUUACCGUGGCGACGACAAGAUCAAGAGCUUCAUGUGGGACCUGAUCGCCCCCACGGAGGACGGCCGCACCAAGGAGCUGCAGAACCACCUGGGUCUGUCAACACCGGUGCCAAGAGGGAGGAAGGGCAAGAAGAUGAAGACUCAGUCCAGCGCCUUCGACAUCCAGAAGGCCGAAUGGAUCAGGAAGCACAACCCAGAGCACCUCCUGCAGGACGACGGCUACAAGAAGCACCUGAAACACCACUGCAACAAGGUCCUGCUGCGUGUCAGAAUGCUCUACUACCUGAAGCAGGAGGUGAUAGGAGACCAGUCCCGGAAUGUUCUAGACGGCGUGGACUCCAGCGAGAUCAAGAUCUGGGUUCCAGAGCUGGACCAUUCAGAGCUGCCUGCUCUCUGGUGGGACACAGAAGCUGACAAGUGUCUACUCAUGGGGGUUUACAAGCACGGCUAUGAGAAAUACAACACCAUCCGCGCAGAUCCUGCCCUCAUCUUCCUAGAGCGAGUGGGCCGGCCGGAUGAGAAGGCCAUCGCUGCUGAGCAGAGAGGCAACGACUUCAUGGAUGGGGAUGUGGAUGACCCAGAAUACAAGCCUGCCCCGGCUUUGCUGAAGGACGAUAUGGAGGAUGACGUGUCCUCCCCUGGAGACCUGGUCAUCACCGAUGCUGCCGGAGAAGGUAGUGUGGAGUUGGAGGGGGGUAAAGCGUACUGGCCGACCCCCUCUGUCCUGACCGCCCGGCUACGUCGUCUGAUCACUGCCUCCCAGCGCUACACCAAGAGUCGGCAGAUCCAGUACAUCCACCAGGCCCAGCAGGCCUUCCUCAGCCCGCCCUGCGGCCUGCCGCCCACCCUCAAUGACACCCUCAACCCCAAGAUGGCUGCCAAGAUCGAGCGGCAGCAGAGGUGGACCCGGCGAGAGGAAGCCGAUUUCUACCGUGUGGUGUCCACGUUCGGCGUGGUGUUCGACCCCGACCUGGGCCGCUUCGACUGGACCAAGUUCCGGGCCAUGGCGCGGCUGCACAAGAAGACCGAUGAGAGCCUGCAGAAGUACCUGUGGGCCUUCACGGCCAUGUGCCGCCGGGUCUGCCGCCUGCCGCCCAGGGACGGCGACUCGGUGGACCCCUCCCUCUCCAUCCAGCCAAUCACGGAGGAGCGGGCGUCGCGGACGCUGUACCGCAUUGAGCUGCUGCGGAAGAUCCGCGAGCAGGUGCUGCGGCACCCGCAGCUGUACGAGCGGCUGGCGCUGUGCCAGCCGGGGCCCGACCUGCCCGUGUGGUGGGAGCCGGGCCCGCACGACCGCGACCUGCUGAUCGGGGCCGCCAAGCACGGCGUCAGCCGCACCGACUACCACAUCCUGCGGGACCCUGAGCUCUGCUUCAUGAGGGCGCAGAGCAGCUACAGCCAGAACAAGGGGGCACCGCCGCGGCCCCUGCCCCAGCACCAGGCCCCACCCCGGCCGGCCGACGCCCGCGGGCCCCGGGACGACGACCCCAGGGCCCAGCCGAAGGAGGAGCCCACCUCUGAGGAGGAGUCCGCCGAGGCCGGGGGGCGGCCCGAGGUGUGGAACCCCCAGCCGGGCCCGCCCACCUCGUGCGGCCCAGACGAGCGGGCGGGCCCCGUAAGGGGGGAGAAUGAGAGGCGCAUGGUGGCGGCACGGACCAAGCCCCUCACGCCCAACCCCGCCUCCAAGAAACAGAGGAAACCAGGAAAGAGCCGCCGGGCGGCCAGGGGCAGAGGAUCCGGCACGGACUCCGACUCGGAGGGCUCUUCGUCCUGCUCCUCCUCGCGCUCCUCAUCCUCUUCCUCAUCCUCAUCUUCCUCCUGCUCACGCUCGCGCUCACGCUCGGGCUCCAGCUCUUCAUCCUCGUCCUCCUCCUGCUCGUCAGGCUCCUCGUCCUCCUCUUCAUCAUCCUCUUCCUCCUCUGCGGGAAGCGACAGCGAGGGAGAGGAAGGCGAGAACAGCACGCCAGCAGUCCCCACGGUGAAGGCCUUUGACGAGGACAGCGUGGCAUCCCUCAGCACCACGCAGGACGAGACGCAGGACAGCUACCUCGCCGAGACCAGCCUGCCCAACUCCUCCCACCCCUUCCAGGGAGGCUACAUGCUGGCUGCCUCCUACUGGCCAAAGGAUCGGGUCAUGAUAAACCGGCUGGACAGCAUCUGCCAGGCGGUGCUGAAGGGAAAGUGGCCCGGAGCGAGACGCGCCUACGAGGGGAACGUGGUGUCCUCCUUCUACACCACCAAGCUGCUGGACAGCCCCAGCGGGCUCCGAGAGGACCCCUCCGCCUCUCCGCAGGUGUCAAAGGUGAAGACGCAUGUCCCAGAAAAGGAGUUUACAGUCAAACUCAAUGACCAGGAAGGUGGCUUGAAGCUGACCUUCCAGAAGCAGGGGUUCCCCCAGAAGAGGCCUCUGGAGGGCGAGGAGGGGCCCCUGGGCCAGCAGCAGUACCUGGCCCGCCUGCAGGAGCUGCAGAACGCCUCCGACACCAGCCUGGCCGACUUCACCAAGCCCCAGCCCAGCAUUUCCCAUGGGCUCCAAGGACAGAUGAGGGUGAACGGGGUGAUGGACGGCCAGCCGGUUGUGAAGAAGAGACGAGGGAGGCGGAAGAAUGUGGAGGGAAUGGACUUGCUGUUCAUGAACCGGAACAGAGCCACUGCAGUCUCAGACCAAGUGACCCAGGCGUGGUGCAGUGGUGCCCAGUCUGGCCCGGCUGUGGGCCCAGGGAUGGCGUACGGCCAAAACCAGGGGCUGCUUGAUACCGAGAGCCGGGUGCCCGUCAUCAACCUCAAAGACGGGACCCGGCUCGCCGGGGACGACGCCCCCAUGAAGAAGGACCUGGAGCAGUGGCUGAGCGAGCACCCGGGAUUCGUGGCCGACGUGGGGGCCUUCAUCCCCGGCCUCAACAAGAUGCAGUUCCAGGACGGGAGGCCGAAGCAGAAGAGGCACCGCUGCCGGAACCCCAACAAGAUUGACGUGAACAGCCUGACGGGGGAGGAAAGGGUGCAGAUCAUCAACAGGCGAAACGCCAGGAAGGUGGGCGGUGCCUUUGCUCCUCCCCUGAAGGAUCUGUGCCGCUUCCUGCAGGAGAACCCUGAGUAUGGAGUUCCCCCAGAGUGGGCCGACGUGGUCAAGCAGUCGGGUUACCUCCCAGAGAGCAUGUUUGACCGGAUCCUGACUGGGCCCAUCGUGCCGGAGGAGGUUAGCCGGCGAGGGAGGCGGCCCAAGAGUGCGCUGGCUAAGGCGGCUGCCGCCAACAACGCCAGCACCAAUCCUCUGGCCCUCAACCCCCUGCUGACCAACGGGCUGCUCCCGGGCAUGGACCUGCCCAGCCUGCAGGCCCUGCAGCAGAACCUCCAGAGCUUGCAGUCCCUGCAGCUCACCGCUGGCCUCAUGGGCCUCCCAGGCAGCCUCUCCGCUGCCGACGCCAACAACCUGGCCGCCAUGUUUCCCAUGAUGCUGUCGGGCAUGGCCGGGCUGCCGAACCUCCUGGGCAUGAGCGGCCUCCUGGGCAAGGCCCAAGAGGGCGCGGCAGGGGCCGAGGACAGCGCGAAAAAGGGAAGCACCAGCGGCGGCGGGGACCCCUCUACCCCCAAAGGCCCCACGCAGGCCGCCGACUCCGCGGGCGAAAGGACAGAAGGCCAGACCCCCGGCCCCCGCUCGGACGACCCCUCCACCUCCACCUCCAGCGCCGCCGCUGCCCCACCAAGUGCUUCUACUACGACCACCGCCGCAGCCUCCAAGCACCCGUUAGCUCUUAACCCCUUACUGCUCUCCAGUAUGCUUUACCCAGGGAUGCUCCUCACCCCAGGCCUUAAUCUGCCCAUCUCCACACUGUCUCAGUCCAACGUGUUCGACACACAGCAGCAGCAACAGAGCGCUAACAAAGACCCGGCUACGCUCCCUGCCCCCUCUGAGGACACGCCCGAGGAGGCGGGAGAGCAGGGGGAGGCGGGGGAGGAGGAUGAGGAGGAGGAGGAGUCAAGAGAGGAGCCCUCCGAACAGAAGGACAACAGCAGCUCGGAGAAAGGCGAGUCGUCCUCGUCCGAGUCGGACAGCUCCUCCUCCUCGUCUGAGGAUUCUGACUCCAGCGGGGAAGACUGAGCCCCACAUGUUACCCUUAUAAAUAUAUACAUACAUAUAAGAAUUACCCUGCACUUACAUUGUGAUUUUUUUCCUCUUUGUAAAUAUCAAGGCUAAAAAAGUGUUGUAAUAAAGACAAAAAAAGAAAAAAAAGAACCGUAUCUAGAGAAACUGAAAUGAAAUUUCAAUGUUUGUUCAAAGGUACAAUGUUGUUUUGAGAGACAUUUGGCAUGUCAAACUUUAUUAGAUUUCUGAAAUUUCCAAACUUGUAUCACACAGUGAUGUACAAUUGCAACAAACAAAAAAGCAAAAAAAAAAGCAUUAUUAUAAUUAUGUUGGGAUUUAAUUUUAUAAACAAAAAAAAGAAAAGAAAGCUCAAGGCGAGCUGUACGUUUAAUAUAUUUGGAGUGGCGGGGAAAGAAAACUUUAUAAAUAUUUUGGUUUAAUUUGUAAAUAGUUUGACAGGUUCCUUGACACUUAUAAUUUGCAGAUGAAACUUUAGGAAAAGUCAGCAAUAACUUGGGCAGCUGAUGAAUGUCACAGAAGCUGUAGAUUUUCCGCGGCGGCCCGUUCUCUUCAGAUCCUCGUGUGGGUGCUCCCAUUGAUAAAACAGCGCUCUGGCCACCGUUCUGCUCCGACAGUCUCUUGUUGUGCAGCUCCUCUGCCCCCCCCCCCUCCCCAGGUAUAUAAGAAGCACCAAGGGCAGUGCUGUGGAGAUUCACUGGCUUCUGGUCUUCAUUCCUACUCUAAUUUCAGUUCAUUUAAGAUGAGCCAUCGAUUCGAAUGGGAGGCAGAAUUCACCUGUUUGUUUCAGGUAUCGGUCAGCUGCUGGUUUGAGAGGCACUGCUGCGACUCUCAGGACAGUGAAUCUCCAGGACCAGGAGUUGACAGCAAUGAUCUUGGAAAAUAGUGUCUAUGGAUCUCACUCUUAUUAACACACACACAUACAGCACACACUGACUUUGUAUACGUAUUGAGUUGCACUUUAGUCUCAGACAGUCCAUGCUCUUGCUGGAAUAUCCAAGUCCCAUAGGGUUUAUGGUGAAAAUCCCACUGAAAUUUGAGGAGGCUGAUCAACAAGUGGCUACAGAAUGUGUGCUAGCACUCCUUUCAAUGGAAGCAAGGCUAAAAGGAAGGCUAUCGCUAUCUGGUUGUUUGUAGUGCACUGGUGAUUGCUUUUAAAAUUCAGGUACAAUACAAUUACGAGUCAUUUAGUGGAAAAAACUCCCAUCGGGCGCUUUAACUGGCCCCUUACCUCAGCCGAAUUCAAGUUCAAAUCUUACCGCAUUAAGCAUCAGUUUGCAGUUCAGAGGACGAAAACAGUUGUAUCAUGUUGUAUGUUCUUUUUUGCAGACCUUCAGAAGCAUCUGCUGACUGUCCAUAUGUGUACCUCUUGUUUUUUGUUUGAGUAUAUUUCCUUGGUCUCUUAAUAUAAUUUCUUAAAAUUAUUCUGAAUGGGGGUCUAUGAAAUGGCACCACCUAGUGCCACUGUACUGUUGUACCAUCUUGAAUUAUUCCCUUACAGACUAGGGGUGUGCAUUUUGAUGUGUUUGAUAUUCAAAUAUUGUAUGGUUCCCAAAAUAUUUGAAUAAUCAAGCCCUGUUUCUGCUCCCAGGUUUCUCAACGAUACUCUGGGUCUUUGUGAAUAAUGACACACUGCAAAUAGAUGAAUUUUCGCACACUUUCAGGCAGGAAGUUUAAAUAUCACUGAUUUGUGUUAUUUUCUGCAGGGCUCUUAAACUCUCCUCCAGGAGUAUUGAUGAGAAAAAAUAAAGCUCUGGACAUUUUUUUGGUGUUGUUGUUAAUUAACAAGCAUUUGAAUAUUGGUCCAAGUUGAGAAUGGGUCAGUGAUUAUAGUGAAAUGAUGGAAUAUUUAGUCUUAUCCCUAUUACAGACAGCAUGUAGAGUUAACCAGUGUACUGCAGUCUAGGGCAGUGCUUCUCAAGGGAAGAAGCAUCAUUCAAUGAGAUCUCUGAUGGUACUGUCAUGAAGGAAUCGUACAGAGAUCCAAAUUACACCACAAAACAUACCGCGCCACUUCAGGGACUGAUCUUUGCAAAUCAUGCGGCUACACUUAACUGUUUUGACAUUGGGAAUCAUUAAAGUCCCCUUUCUGUUGACCCCUUUGAAACCUUUCAUUGUGAUGUUUCAUUGAUUUCACGGGUACUGUGUGACUGGCUGUUUGCAGGAGUUUGUGGUACAGACCAAAGUGAGGAAUGGGUGUUUGUAUUCAUUGUUUCUUACAUAUGGCUAUGCAGACUCUGAGGUGAAAUUAGAAGUUGUGGUGUGUUGAUCCUUCUUCAGAAAUAUUUCCAAAUACAUAAUGCCAUAUAUAUUUAUCUUACCAGGCUUUGCUGGAUUAGUCCAUUGUACAGUUCUGAAUUCCAAAGCUGUCAUUAGUAUACUCUACCUACAGAACCUCUUCCCAGGUUUCCUUGCUCUGAGUUGGAAUCAUAUCGUCAUAGCUACAUUGGUUGGUAAGGAGUGAUUACAUUUGAUGUUUAAUCAGCCAUGAUCAGUAUUGUGGAAUACUUUCCCUCUGUGUCAUUACAUUAUUGUUAGUAUGCAGGCCUGCAUAUUUGUGGACAUGUUGAAAUCCACCAGUCCUCCCAGUAACUCAGUUCGAUCUGUGCUAAAUGGUCACGUGAUCAAAUCUGUGUUCAGCACCCUGUUUUUUGAACCUGUCGAGACAGCACUCACAGUCUGUAGUAGUAUCAUUGACGUUGCUCUCACAUUUUUGUGUAAUCAUUAUAAAAUUCAAAUAUGAAAUUAGUAGUAAGUUACAGUCCAGGACACAUAAUGUGAGCUGUGGACAGUGUUCUCUAUUGGGAGGAAUCCAUUCUUGAUAAUGAUUCUUAUCAUCUGCCAGACUUUGGAAAGGGCAGUUGUUGUGUAACACAUUUGCCUGUCCGUUUCCACGUCUGUCUACACCUCAGUGUGGGAAGUUUAAAUGGCUUCGGACUGCUGUGACUCAGACUGCCUUAGCUGCUGGGGCUACAGCUGCAUGCGUUUUCUGGACUCCUGGCCCAAGGGAGUGUUUUUUUUUUUUUUUAAUUUCUU